AUGGCCACAGUGCAAGAUGGCGUCGUGGGUGCGAUGGAGGAACGCGUCGCGGACUUGUCGAGAGAGCUCCUGGCAAGGGACGAGCUGAUCGUGCACCUGCAAGCGGAGAAGAGGGAGUUGCAGAGGUGGGCGGAGCGACUGCACCAUCAACUCCACUCGACAGAGAACGUCACGUUCGCCGAAGCAAACAACAACGAAGUCGCCAACCUCGAGAGGGAGGUGACAGCCGCGCAUGACAAACUCAAGACGUUGUCAGCACAGGUUUUGACGCAGAAGGAUGAGAUUUCCCGGCUGUAUCGCCAAGUUUACGAGAAGGAAGGAGAAAAUCAAGAGUUAGUGAGCCAGCUCCAGACACUGCGAAAUGCACUCGCUGAGUUGCAGUGCCAAGCAGCGCCCGAACCACCGUCGGUCGAGCCCCAGAAGAGGUCUCCCAACGAAUGGGUCGAAGACACGGCAAGGUACCCAAAGCCCCACUUUCCCAUCGACUCGAAGGAAGUGCUCUACUUGGUCGGGCAAUGGACCCAGAAUCCGUCGAAAAUCAAGUCGCUCAUGACGUGGCUUGUGCACAUGAGCAGUCUCGAUGAUACCGAAUCAGAUGGACCGUUCGACGGAAGAGGCAAUGCUCCAUCUCCGACGUUGCCUCUCGCCAUCGAGCUUCCGCGCCUGCCCAACGAAGUCCGCGACGGAUUCCUCACACUGGUUGUGCCUCUGUUGCGGCAUCAGAUGACUCGCGCCGUGCACGUGCACACCCGGCCGUACGACGCCAACCACACGGACCUUCGCAUACGCGUGUCGCCAAAGGGAUCGACGUAGCAUUGAGCUUUAGCUUUUUCAUCUUUGUGCACUAUCGAACGACUAACUCUGCCAGAGCUGCAGACGGUCGCUUAUGACGCGUCCAGGCCAGGACUAGGAGGGG